AUGACGUCUGUGGACAUGUUGACGUCCGUCACUCCUCCACCACCGUCGACUUCGGCAACAUCUUUAGAGGUUUUCUCGGUGACGUUGCGUGUUGCUGUUUUCUUUUUCAUCAGGGAAGGAUGGAAAAUCACCCUGGUAGGAAGUCGUUUCACCCACGCCGCGGAAUCCCGCUAUGCACCGGUCGAGGGGGAAGCACUAGCAGUGGUUGAUGCCCUGGAGAAAGCAAGGUAUUUUGUCCUUGGAUGUAAUGAUUUGACCAUUGCAGUUGACCACAAACCUCUACUAAAGAUCUUUGGGGAUCGAUCACUUGAAUGCAUCUCGAAUGCUCGACUACGUAACCUGAAGGAAAAGACCCUGCGGUACAAAUUCCACAUGGUUCACAUCCCUGGAGCCAAACACAGAGCUGCCGAUGCUGUAUCUCGUCACCCAACUGGUAACCCUGAGAGGAUAGUUCUAGUGGAUGAUAUUGCAGCCAUGGACUGUACUGAACUUUCCCCUUCUCUGGAUGUUUGUCAUAACAUCCUUGCCUCCAUCAGAUGCAGUGAAGAACCUGACUACAGUGUAGAGGAUGCCACUCUCCAGUCUGCUGCAUCUGCAAUCAGCUCCUUGGAACCCAUCACGUGGAACAAGGUGAAAGUUGCCACCACUAGUGAUGUAUCCAUGGCCAAACUCGUUGAUCUUAUUGAAACUGGGAUGCCAGAAUCCCGCCUUGAACUUCCUACCGCACUACGUGAAUAUCAUCAGUUCAGAGAGCAUCUCCACACGGUAGACGGAGUUGUGCUAUACAAGGACCGGAUUGUGAUCCCACCAGCACUACGUGAAGAUGCCCUUACUGCCCUCCAUUCUGCACACCAAGGCGUCUCAUCAAUGAUGUCCAGAGCUGAAGCAUCUAUCUUCUGGCCCGGACUCACAUUGGCCGUUACAACCCUCCGAACCAACUGUGCUCACUGCAAUCGGAUGGCUCCAUCACAACCAACAGCCCCACCAACACCACUAGUAUACCCAUCUUACCCCUUCCAAUGUCUAUGCGCUGACUUCUUUCAUUACAAGGGUGUCAACUAUCUGGUGCUGGUCGACAGAUACUCCAACUGGCCAAUAGUGGAGAGAACUGCUGGAGGUGCACCUGGACUCAUCAACUGCUUACGACGCACAUUUGUCACAUUUGGCAUACCUGAUGAACUUUCCUCUGAUGGGGGACCCGAAUUCACAGCCUCUGCAACCAGAGAGUUCCUUCACACAUGGUCAGUACAUCAUCGACUAUCUUCUGUCGCCUUCCCCCACAGCAACUGCAGGGCAGAAAUUGGCGUGAAGACAGUCAAACGCAUGAUCACUGACAACACCGGACCCCAAGGUGAACUUGACACGGAUGCUUUCCAGCGGGCAAUGCUUCAGUACAGGAACACCCCAGACAGAGACACAAAGUUAUCUCCUGCUAUGUGUGUUUUUGGCAGAGCCAUCAAGGACUUCAUCCCCAUCCUACCCGGUCGGUACAAACCUCAUGAGACAUGGAGCGAUACACUAUUACUGAGGGAGGAGGCACUCAGAAACCGACAUAUGAAGAUGGCAGAACGUCUCACCCAGCACACCAAACAGCUCCCACCUCUCGCAGUUGGUGACUUUGUCAGAAUCCAGAACCAGAUAGGGCCUCACCCUCUCAAAUGGGACAAAACAGGAUGUGUGGUCGAAGUUCGUCAAUUCGACCAGUAUGUUGUACGGGUAGACGGAUCAGGUAGAGUGACCCUACGCAAUCGGAAGUUCCUCAGGAAGUACAUCCCUGCUUUCCAACCUCCAUCUAGACGCUCAAUCGCUGAUGACUUGCCAAGGCCACAAACUUCUACCCUUGACAAUACCACCACCCCCAUACUAUGUCCACAUCCGGCUCAGUCAACAUCAGAACACUUGACCACACCUACAACAGUCUCUACUGGUGACGAACAACGCACUCCGCAUCAACAGCCAGUGCCGUCCAGACCAGCUGCUACGCCUGAUGUCUCACAAUCCACACCACCCUCACCUGAUAGAUCCGUCCACUCUGUCCUGUGA